UAGUUGGAGUAGCUUGGAUGAGUAGGAGGUCGUUGCCCCCCGCAAAGCCCAUGGGCCAAACAUUUGCCCAGAAAUUAGUGACAACCCAACACCCACGACACCGAACCCGUUACACCCACCCAAGCAAGCGUUUGAGGCUGCUUCAAAGGGUGUCAAAGGCCGAUUGUUUACCCGCUGGAUAUCCAUUUGAUUUGGGUUGGCUCAACUAACUUCUUCGAGACCGAAGUGACUUUGAUAUCUUGUUAUCAGCCAAUCUCAGCCUACAAGGAGGGAAUAUCGACAUAUAUUUGAGUUAUUGUAAGACCGAUUGGUUGGUUGAUUCUCACCUCUAGUAUCUAUAAAAUUACAUCCCCUUUUACUAUCGCCAAACAGCUACGAUGUUUCAGCCCUUCGAGAGCCAUGCAGAGCAAUGGAUCAAGCGAUACGAGAAAGCGGUCGAGGAAUACUCUCAGAAGACUUUGGCGGCUGAGAGUCAGAGCUCACAAUCCAACCUAGAACGAUUUAUCAGGUCGGCAGCGAGCGCCAAACCGCCGAUAAUACUCCCCUCAUUCGCCCAGGAGUCCUUCCAACGCGCCUUCUCCGAAAACUACCUCGAGGACGACUAUGGUGGGGCCUCCUUGGACCUGGACCCCAAUCUGGGUCAGUCGGCUCAGGUCCCUCUCGGCAGGUCCAAAUUGAUACCUCUACCCCCGGCCUUCCUCAACGGCGACACAACCUUCGAGCGACAAGACCCGCAAACCGUGCACACCAAGUUCGAGAAUAUUACGAGCACCUUCAUCGGCAUCGGAGGGCAUCUCUAUCAAUUGAGAGAGGUGGUCGACUACUGGCUCCCCAGGGAUAGCCCAGAGACCCUCGAGGUCGCCCGAGUCAGAUGGUGGCCAAGCCAGCUCAUCGAACAGGCCCGACUGCGAACCAUACACGAAAUGAACUCAAUUCAGAUCAGCUUCACCGAAAAUUUACACCUCGUCAAUAACACUAUCUGCGACCUGAGAGAGGGCGCGUUUGGUGGCCGUCUUAACACUAAGUCGAUGGCUUGUGCAAGAGAAAUGUUUGAGACUCUUAGAGACUUGAGAAAACUGUUGUUACGCAUUCAACGACCGGCAUCAGACCGCGCCAGAUCGCUGAGCACGACGUCGAUAUGGUUCUCUACGAAAUGCUUGCCGCCAUUGAUGGAGGAUUUGCAGGAGCCAUACAUGGCCGAGCGCUUCGACCAAAACGACCCGAACCAGGCGCAUCUAGGCGAGCUCUUCAGCGAGCAUUGUGUCGGCCUUACGGCCACGAUCAAGAUCCUGUCGGAGGCGUAUGAACACCUGUCCGAGACCUUCAAGACGGUCGACGGGAUCUGCAAGACGAUGAUCGAGGGCAUCCACAAACUCAUGCUCGAUGUCCAUCUCGGCCAGACCACUGGCGAGUUUAUCGCCAGCUGGGCUAACCGUUGGGAACGCGUCACCUUCGCCCUGCUUCUCAGAGUCCUUGGCCUGCCUGCUAUCAAUCUCGGCCUCCAGAGAGACUUCCCGACCAUGGAAGUCGAAUACUUUGUCCCAGAAUGAUCCCCCCCUCGUCUUCACUCUCAUUGGACACUCUUCGGCUCCGAUCUUCCUCGUAUUCUUACGGACUUGUGUGUCGUCUUGGGCUCUGUAUCGUUUUACUAGUUAUGAGAUAACUCUCUUCCCCAGAAAAUACUUAUUUAUCAUGUAAUCCCUGCCGAACCUUGCUUCAAGGUUUCUUGUAUUACCAUUUCCCAUGUACAUAUUAAACGAUUGGGCGCUGUUGUUCUUGCUUUUGCUAUCUGAAUCUUGUAUUGCCACCGGGUUCCAAAAAAAACAUGCUGAAAUGAAAGACCUGGUUCAAACUC